CGAGCACGUGCUCUUGAGCCCAAAAACUGUUGCCUUAGCCGUCUUUCGCCCUCAUCUUGUUGGAUCUCAUCUCCGCUCUCUUCGUCGCGGAGAAUGAAGAUCCUCCACAAAUCCAAGAAGGCGGUGGCUCCGCCUUCGCAAGUCGCGGAGCUGAUAACUAGGCUUGUGAAUACGCCAAACGACGAUCUUUCACGAGUGCUUGGGGAAAUCGACUCUUGGAAAUGGCCCCGCUCCGAUUUGAAUGCGUGGAUCAAGGUCCUGAACAAGUUCGACGCUCUUUUGGAGGAAAUAAUUCGCGACUACGAGGUGGACAAAUUACAGAUGAACGUCUUCACGCCGGCCACGAAGGCGACGCUGUGCGAGAUUUUGAGAUUCGAGAGGCUGCUGUUGGAGAACUCGACGAACAGGAAGAUGUUCCACUCGUAUGAUCGCUUGAACAGCUUACUAUUCACAUCUGACCUAGAUGUCCUCAUUCUCGCUCUCAAUCUUCUACUUCGACCCUCUCAACAGUAUUCGGCGCAACCCUCAGUCUCGCACGCGCUCAACAUAUCGACUCCUCGCUUGCAGUCGCUCUUCAAACGAUGGCCCCAGGUCCGCGAGCACGGAAUCAGUCUGGUCGACCUAGUCACUAGUCAAGGCAGUUCUUCCAUCGACCAGCUACCUCUGGAAGCACGCGAAGUGCAUCUCAACUUCUACCGAAAAGAUGAGGGCGUGAGUACCGAGAAGGACAGCGCGAAGAUGGAAGUCGACCUCGAUGCGUCGCUACAGAGUCCCCUCCGCAAGCCACCGACGGCCACCGUCUCGAACGCAACCAACGUCCACAUCGACAGCGCGGCUGUGCAGAGCAAGUCAGAUGUCGCCGUCCUUGCUGACAUGGCCGACAAGCACUCCAUCCCGGACACUGAGAAAUUCGAUCUUCUGUGCCGCAUUCGCAUCGCUCAAGCUCUAGCACCCGGGAAAGAGGUUGAGAGAGAAAAGCUUGUGAUCGUACGCCUGCUGUCCAUUGCCAUCUUUGCGCACACACAUCCGGAAAGCCAAGCGACCACGUCGCUCUUUCUCUAUGAGCCGGAUCUGAUCAACCAUAUUGCCGAGCUCCUCCAGACCGACAAGAACGUCCCCGUUUCCGUGCAAAUAGCCGCGAUUGCAGCGCUCGACGCUCUGGCACACUACCGCAACAAGAUCCAGGAGGUCCUCGCAGCUGUCAAUGCAGGUGUCAAUCACGGGGUGCUGAUGGCACUGAUUCGAAAGACGGUGGCAGAUGUGGCCAGUCCACAGUCGACUCUGCCCCAUUCCUUUGCCGAGGCAUUACUGUCGUUUGUGACCUUCAUUGCGUCCCAUUCGUCUGGAGGUAACAUGGUCGUCGGUGCUGGCCUGAUUCCUCUUCUGAUACAGCUGAUCGAGAAUCGCUUGCCGCACCGAAUUCCGCUGGUGUCGAAGACCAUGCAGCUGGUCGACAAUGUCCUAUACAGUUUCAAUAACGCAUUCCAACUGUUCUGCGCGUCUCGUGGUGUCGAGGCUCUGGUUGAGCGCAUCGAAUUCGAGAUCGACUUUGACUUGACUGAGUUUGCUGACGAAACCAAAUCGCGCGGCGUUCACAGCACGCAUAAUGACCUUCCCGUUGCGCGCGGCGCUGUUCUCAAGCACGUGCUCCGCUCUAUGCACCGAAUGAUGCAGUCCUCUGGCACUGCAGAAGGCCUAAGAGGACUGAUUGACACGACUGUUCUUGCGUCGAUUAAGAAAAUCAUCAAGAACCGCGGGCUGUUUGGUCCCACUGUUGUGCCUCUGGUUCAUGCAGCAAUCAACAUGAUGGCCACCUUCAUCCACAAUGAGCCAUCUUCGUUGGCCAUCAUCCAGGAGGCGGACCUCCCUGAAGUGUUCUACCAAGCGGUCGAAGCUGGGCUGGAGCCCGCCAUUGAGGUCAUCCAGGCCAUUCCUAACGCCAUUGGCGCUUUGUGCUUGAACGAUGUCGGCACUGCACAACUUGCCUGCCACCCAAGCAUCAUUCCGGCCAUCUUUUCUAUCUUCACGUCCGACGCCCACUUGAAGGUGCUUCUAGAGAAGGAGAACGCCGUUCUGAUCGGCACGACCAUCGACGAGCUCAUUCGACACCAUCCGUUUUUGAAAGAGGCCGUAUUUGACGCACUUCAGUCCACGUUGCAGAAGAUUGAGGUGUUGGGCGAUGCUUACGAAGCUCCUGCAGACAUCCGGCAGUGGUACAAACUCGUUGCUGCGGAUUCCAAGCCGCCAGUUGAUGUCGCCAUGGAAGAUGUGCCGAUCCCGGCACCUGGAGAGAGUGUCCCGGACGAUGACGCGAGCGACGAGCCAUCCGCCAAGUCUCACGACAACAAUAUAGUGUCUUUCAUCGACAUCAUCCUCCGCUUUAUCGAAGGGUUGUUCCAGCACACUCCCCACUGCAACGAUUUCAUCAAGUCUGCGAGUGGAUUGGAGCAUCUUGGGAAACUAACCAGUCUUGCUUGCGUACCUUACGAUUUCGCGAACAGUUCCACGUCCGACUCUCUGGUCCAAGUCAUACGGACGAUGUCUGAGGUGGCCACCGACGCGACCCUUGCUGCUUUGUCCAAGUUCGUUCGAGAUUCACUCGAUGCAACGAAAUCAUUCUGGGAAUCGACCGAGGAUCAGUCGAAACUGCUGUUACUGGUUGAUCCAUCUGAGGAGACUCAGACCGAAGCCAAUGCGAUGUUCCGCAGCCUUGUCACGCUUCACAUCCGGCUCACGUUGCUCUCCGAUGUUUUCACGACAGCGGGAUUUGCCCACGGACGUGCUGCUAUCUCGCUGCUGCAGAUGUUCAUGAGCCAUAGUACCAAUGAAACUCUGAAAGGGCUCGGUUCGCUCCACCGCGUCUCAGUGCUGGAGAACAUCCUGCUCAAGGCGGGCCUCGUCGCUCGAGGAAUCGAAGUUGAAGCCACGCCCAGCCCGUCAUCGCCUGAAGGAAGCCCAGAACAGUCCCCGGUUGCUCUGCCGGAAGCUAGCAAUGGCAUCCCCAAUGGACCAACGAGCGCAAGCGGCGAGCAGAGCGCUCCGGUAGCGGCAUCCCCAGUCCCAACGCCAACGCCAUCGCCAGCGGCCGGUGGGCGGCUACAGCAGAAUGCAGCUGCGCUGAAACAUCUGACGCACGGACUACCCAGUUCACUGGCCCCGUUCUUCCAAGGUCAGAUCGUAUCCCCCGUAGCAAACCGUAGUUGUGCUGAAAACGACGACAACUUAGCCAUGGUCAAGAUGUUCCACUCUCGGAGAAACCCAGAUGCUACGCAGAAGAAACAGAUCAACGAAUCUUCUGCCACGAUCGCCGAAAUCAUCAUACAGCAUUUGUCCGUCCGGGGUAUUGCCAACCCAUCUUCUCUCUUUGCCUACUACACACUAAUGCUCGGUCUCGUGACGAUACUGCUGAUUGACGAACGUUCGACCAGUAAUACAUUGCACACAGUGCAGGUCUGUGCGCUGUACGACGCUGGCGGACUGGAGAAUCUGUUCGAUGUCUGCCGCCUGUUGGUUGCAUCUAUCGAGUCGAUUAUCCCCAUCCGUGAGGAAAACCGGAGCGACGCGCAGAAACACGAAUUGACGCACGCCUGUGGGGCGCUGAAGGUGGCUCUGCACCUGAUUCAUCCACUGAUCUCGUCCAAGCCGAUUCUGGAGUCUGGGCAAACGAUGCUCCUGAUGACGCGGGACAAGAAGGACACCGAGAAGGGCUACUUUGAACCGCAUAACUUUGUGGUGCGCCUGCGGCUUGCUGCAUUGCCACUGCUUCGGUCACUGUGGGAAGCUUCGUGGCUGAUUUCCGCCCCGCUGGGCCUCAGCCGAUCGAUUGUCCAGACUGUAUUAGAGCUGACCAAUGGUGAUGGCGAGGAGAUCAAGGAAGGACCAGUUGAUGGUCUACCUGCUGUAUCGCGGCAUCUGGGGGGUGUCGGUGUCGACGAGCAACGAGUGCGCCAGCUGAUGGAUAUGGGAUUCCCACGCUCUGCAGCAGAACGUGCACUGGCCCGCACCCAGAACAACCUGAAUGCGGCGACGGACCUCUUACUCUCGCAUCCCUUCCCCUUGCCUCCUGAUCCGAUUCCGGAAGCUCCCGCCGCUGCUGGCGAUGUCGAUGCGGAUGAUGCCGAGGAAGACGUCGAGGACGAGAUGGAGGAUCCUGAACAUACGCCGACGCCAGCUCCCGUGGAUGUACCUGUUGUGGAGGCUCAGUCGGAGCCUGAGACACCAGGCAAGAGCAAUGAAGAAUGGCAGAAGGCCUUGGACGAAGCUCGAGAGCCGCUUCGGGCAGGGAUCAGUCGGCAGGCGCUGCUUCUGGUGGACGAGCAUCUGUCUUUGAUCUUCCACCUCCAUGCUGCGUUCAUCCGCCCGAAUAAUUCACAUCAGCAGCAGGCUGUGCGAGAUCUGGUCGACGACAUCAAGGACUUCUCUCCAUUCGCAUACGAUGUGCAGGAGCAGCCUCUGGCCAACCGAUGCAGAUUGCUCGCUCUGGUCUUGUGCGAGACUCCGUCGUCGUUGAGCCCGGAACUGCGCGUGACGCUAAUGGACAGUCUACUGGCGCUUCUGCUCAGCAAUCCGGUCAGCAUUGAUCCCGAGCGGCCGAGCAUCCCUCGCUGGCUCGCGGCCCAUCUGUUGGUCACAGAGGCCCUGUUCACGCUUUCGGAGGAGCCACGGGCCAUCACCUUGCCCAAGGAAGGCGAGCCGAUUCCUCAGGAAGUGCUUCCCAUUGGACCCAGCCUUGCGGAUGCCAAGACCAUCGUUUUUGACUUCUGUCUGCGCCUGUUGGCCAUCCCCGAUCUACCCAACGAUGAGCUGCUGUCGACAUUGCGGCUGUUUGUGCUCAUGACUCGGAAUCACGACACUGCGAUCUCCUUUGCGAAGCGCGAUGGUCUGGCCAUGCUCUUCACUAGGCUGCGGUCGAGUCCGGUGUCCGGUAGCUCGUCGUACAUCGCCACAAUCUUGCGGCAUGUAGUUGAAGACGCACCCACGGUGCAGGGUGUCAUGAAACAGAGCAUCAAGAACUACUUCUCUCAGCCUCGCACUAGUGUCGUCGAAGCACACACGUUCGUCCGUAACUGCAGCGCGAUCGCUUUGCGAGAUACACAGCUAUUCAUCUCGGCUGCACAAGAUCUGUGCCAGCUCGUCAGCCCAUAUUCAAGCCUGCCUCAGCUCAAGCUGAAACCGCAGUCGCCCGAGAACAAGCCCGCCCAGGCCGACGGCGCCGAAAUGCAAGUCGAUGCAACACCGAGUAACGAAGGAAUCGAAUCAGUCGUGCAUUUCCUUGCAGCCGAACUGAUGCGUUCCACGAAGCCAGAGCUGCCGGAGACGCAGUUGUCCAAGGACCAGAUCCAGUACCUGUGCUUCCUCAUGCAGUGUCUGACGGAGCUCUUGUUCUCGUAUGACUCGUGCAAAGCCGCGUUCUUGUCGUACUCUCCCAAGCGCAAAUCCACGGCAACGCCCUCCAAGGAGUUUUCGAGCAAGCUGCGUUCUGUCACACUCAACUUCGUCCUGGCCGAGCUUGUCGUGUUCGAGACCAUCAACCAUCAGCCGAGCUCUGACGGCUACGAUCGAAUCACAGCAUGCAACUGGGCGAUGUCCCUCCUUGUGGCUCUGUGUGUGGACACGUCUUCGGGUGCAGACGUCAAAGAGGUCUCGGCCGAGUUGACGGCGGUGCGCAAGUUUGUCCUCGAGACCAUCAAUCGCGCUAUCAAGGAUCUGCCUGCGGUGGACUCUGUCGAGGCGCGCUACGGACGACUGCUUGCCCUGGCGGAUCUCUGCCACCGCUUACUCACGGUCCGGGUCAACACGAACUCUCGAAAACACCAGGAAGAGACCCCCACGCAGGUCGCCAAGAUCAUGCUUGAGAAGAACUUCGUCGCGACAUUGACCACCGCGUUGUCCGACGUGGAUCUCAACUACCCCAAUGUUAAGACCCUGGUGGCGAGUAUUCUGCGUCCCCUGGAACAUCUGUCCAAGAUCGCGAUCAAGAUGAGUCGCACUCCGACCAAGGGCAAAGGCGCGCUGGACGGACUGAAGGACGACGAGGUGGAGAGUGUUUCGUCGGAGGAUUCUGAAGAGGUCGAAGAUGAGGAGAUAGACGACGCUGGCAGAGAGGAGACACCUGACCUGUAUCGCAACUCGGCGUUGGGCAUGUACAGUGGGGAAAUGGACGAUGUGAACUUUGCAGGGGACGAUGAGAUGGACGAAGACGAGGAGGAUGACGAGGAGGACGUCGAGAUGGACUUUGGCGAGGAAACAGGCAGCGAAGACACUUCUGAAAGUGGAGAUGAGGGCGACGAAGAGAUGCAGGACCAGACUGGGGACUGGGACGCUGAUGAAGACGAAGACGAGGAUGAGGAUGAGGAAGGCGAAGGCCCUCAACUGCAGUCCGUUGGCGAUAGCGAAGACGAGGACGAAGCUGAAGAGGACGAGGAAGAUCCCAUCCACCACGAUCUCCAGGCCGAAGCCGAGGAGAUAAUCUGGCAAGGAGAUGAAGUCAUCGCUGGUGAUGAAGUAGACGAGGAUGAGGAUGCUGGUGGGCCGAUCCAGAUUCUACCUACCGAGCAGGACGACGAGCCCGAGAUGGUCUCUGAGGACGAAUUUGGUGGCGACAUCGGUGUCUUGGGUGGUCGGGGCAUCUCGGCCGAGGACAUCUUCGGUUUCGGUGACACUUUCUUGAAUGCGAACGGACGUGAUGGACCGGCUGGACUGUUUGUCCCACGUAGGCAUCGAGACGAAGGCCUGCAACUGUUUGGCCGGAACCGGAAUCCACCUGCGGCCGUUCCCGAGACCACGACCCAUCCUCUGCUCCUCGAUGCAUCGUCAGCUGGUCGUGCGCCCGCCCAAUCGGGUCGGAUCAGUCGCCAGCCUCAGCGCUUCGUCGCAGGCGGCCCCGCCGAUCUAUUGCAGACUUUGGAAGAUCUGAUUGGUGGGGGUGCAGUGCAACUGUUCCAGCACGUGAUUACUCGCAACGGGCGCAAUGGCGUUCCCGAGACCAUUCGGCUCGACGUUCCGGCCGGUGCGUUGAAUACGUUCAUCCAGCAGCGGAGGGUCGGAACCUCAGCUGCGCGUGCGAUGGAACGUCCGGCUUCUUCGCGACAGAACGGGACAGCGCAGACUCCUGCCGGCCGAGACCUGGAGCCGAUGAUCACUCCCAACCGGUGGGCCGAGGAAGUCAAGAUCCUCCACGGCGAUUUUGUCAUGGACCGAGUCGCCAAAGUUGGGAAUCAUGUUGUGCUGGCGCUACUUCCUGCUGCAAUUCAGGCAAGGAAGGAGGCCCAGAUUGCCGAGGAGCAAAAGGCGAAGGAAGACGAGGCCAAGAGGAUUGCAGAGGAAGCCAGAAUCGCCGCGGAGGAGGCCAACAAGGCGCAAGAGAUGAAGGUUGAAGCUGAAGAUGCUAUCCCUGCAGUAGCCGCUACUGAGGAGACGCCCGCCGCAGAGACGUCCACAGUAGAGAUCUCUGCUGAAGAGAGCAUGCCGAUUGCGCCACCAGCAUCUGGAGAUGUAGACAUGGCGGAUGUGACCGAAGCCCCGGCUUCUGCUGACGCUGGAGCUGAAGAUGGACCUAGCACAGCCCCAGCCCGCGUGACUGUCAUGAUCCACGGCGCGACGGUCGACAUUACCGACACAGGCAUCGACCCGACGUUCCUCGAAGCCCUUCCGGACGACAUGCGCGAGGAAGUACUUAAUCAGCACGUUCGGGACCAACGCGCCUCUCGUGUGGAGCGCCCGCCCGACUCGACCAUCAGCGCCGAAUUCCUCGACGCCCUCCCGCCAGAGAUCCGCGCCGAAAUCAUCCAGCAAGAGGCGAUAGAGCGAUCGAGACGACGAACGGAAGCGGACGCAGCCAACAAUGGGGCGCCGGCAGGGAUCCCGGCCGAAAUCGACCCGGCGAGCUUCAUUGCUACUCUGGACCCGGUGUUGAGACAGGCUGUGUUGCUCGAUCAGGAGGACAGUUUCAUCCAGACUCUACCGUCGCACAUGAUCGCCGAGACUGGCGGGUACCGCGAGAACCGGGCACCGCGGCGGGGCUGGACAUCGAGGAAUCGGAGCGUGCCUGGCGGACUUGCUGCUUCUGGUUCAUCGGGAGCGCGCAAGUUCGUGCCUCAGCACGACGCAAUUCAGCUGCUGGACAAAACAGGCGUGUCUGUCCUCGUGCGGUUGCUUUUCUUCCCUCAGGUGCUCAAGAAGACGCUGCUGUUCAAGGUCCUAGUCAAUCUGUGCGAGAAUGCCAAGACGCGCACGGAGCUGUUCAAUCUUCUGCUGAACAUUCUACAAGACGGAACCGGCGAUCUCGGAUCCGUGGACAAGGGACUGGCGCAGAUGUCUGUGCGCGGCGGUUCCAAGGCGCCGCAGACGCCCAAGUCGGCAGGAAAGCAGGGCAAGAUGUCCGACUACUUCACGGCGAUCUCCUUGCAGGACGAGAUUGUGCCCGAUCUGAUUGCCCAGCGGUGUCUAGAGGCUCUGACUUUCAUCGUCAGCACCAACGAGCUCGCGUCGCUGUUCUUCCUGACAGAGCAUGAGCUUCCUGCUGGUCUCCGACGUGCCACCUCACGGAAGGGCAAAGGCAAGGAACGGCAGAUGUCUCAGACGCAUUAUCCCAUCGUGCUGCUGCUGAGUUUGCUUGACCGGCAGACCCUCUUGAAGACGCCGACUAUCAUGGAGAGUGUCGUCAGUCUGUUGGCCACCGUCACCAGGCCACUGGCUAGUGCAAAGGACAAGAAGACAGCAGCUGGUGAUUCUGAUCCUGGAGCGUCGGCUUCUACCACAGCACCGGCACCGGCUGCAGAAGUUAGCUCAGAGCCCAAUGUUACUGCCGCUGUCGCUGGUGGCACUACUGCAUCUGAUGCUGCUCCUGCUGCUGCUACGGAAACCACCGGCACCACCCAAGAAAAUGCUGUUGGUACAAAAGACAUGACCAUAGAAGCUGCCGAAGAACACAUCCUUCUGUCUAAUCCGCCCCAAAUCCCUCAUCCUGUGUUGCGACUGAUCGUCAACAUCCUCACCACCGGCGAAUGUUCGGGCAAGACGUUCCAGCAGAGUCUUGCACUGAUCCAGCACUUGUCCUACAUUGCCGAUGCUCGUGACGUUAUUGCCCAGGAGCUCAAGUCCAAGGCACAGGAGUUCGGGCUGUCGCUGUAUAUGGAUCUGGACGUGCUUGCGGACGAGCUCAAGCAGUCAUCCUCGUCCUCCGAGGGCGAUGUGCUCCUUGGCUCUAUUGCGAUCAAGUUUUCGCCAGCGUCGUCGAUCCAGGCCAAGCUUCUACGGGUGCUGAAAACGAUCGAUUACAUGUACUCGCCCAAGUCAGUCGCUGCGCAGGGCAAUCUGGAAGAUGCCGAUGCGGACAAGGUGCAGGAGAUCUACGAGUCGUUCCGGUUCACCUCUCUCUGGCGCCGGCUGGGAGACUGCCUGGCUGUGAUCGAGGAGAAGCCAGACACGGAGCAUGUCGCCACUGUGUUGCUCCCUCUGAUCGAGGCGUUGAUGGUUGUGUGCAAGUAUGUUGGCACGGCCAAGUCUGCUGCCCGCAUGUCCCGGACGUCGUCGGUGCCGCCGAAAUCGCCGACGACCCCUCGAGAGUCCGUCGAGGACUUGUUUGUAACCUUCACGGAUGCGCAUCGCAAGGUGCUGAAUCUGAUGGUGCGCAACAACCCGUCCCUGAUGAGCGGCUCGUUCUCCCUGUUGGUCAACAACCCGCGUGUGCUGGACUUUGACAAUAAGCGCAACUACUUCACGCAACAGCUACACCGGCGGCCGCAUACCCGAGAACACCAUUCGACCCUGCAGCUCAAUGUGCGGCGAGCACGUGUAUUCGAGGACAGCUUCCAGCACUUGCAGCGCAAGACCGGCGACCAGAUCAAGUACGGCAAACUCAGCGUCCGAUUCUACGACGAGGAAGGUGUCGAUGCCGGCGGCGUCACGCGGGAGUGGUUCCAGAUUCUCGCCCGCCAGAUGUUCGAUCCGAACAAUGCGCUGUUCCAGCCGUGUGCUGCUGACCGGCUGACGUACCAACCGAACAAGAACUCGUGGGUCAACCCCGAGCAUCUGUCGUUCUUCAAGUUUGUGGGGCGGGUCAUCGGCAAGGCCAUCUACGACGGGCGGUUGCUCGACGCGUACUUUGCACGCAGCCUGUACCGGCAGCUGUUGGGCAAACCCGUGGACUACAAGGACGUCGAGUGGGUUGACCCAGAAUACUACAACUCGCUGUGCUGGAUCUUGGAGAACGACCCGACGCUUUUGGAGCUUACAUUCAGCGUCGAGGCUGACGAGUUUGGGGUGAACAGGAUUGUGCCGCUCAAGGAGGGAGGUGAAGAUAUCGCUGUGACGGAUGAGAACAAGAAGGAGUUUGUGCAGCUCUCUGCGCAGUACAGACUUUACUCGUCGAUCAAGGACCAGAUCGAAAAUCUAUCGAGCGGGUUCUACGACAUCAUCCCCAAGGACCUGAUCACCAUCUUCAACGAACAGGAACUUGAGCUGUUGAUCUCGGGCACGCCGGACAUCGAUGUGGAUGAAUGGCGCUCUGCGACUGAAUACAACGGCUACACGUCGUCUGAUCCGAACAUCGUCUGGUGGUGGCGGGCGCUCAAGUCGUUCAACCGAGAUGAGCGGGCGAAGGUGCUGAGCUUUGCGACUGGCACGAGCAAGGUCCCGCUCGGCGGUUUCACAGAGCUGCAAGGUGUACAGGGUGUACAGAGGUUCUCGAUCCAUCGCGCAUAUGGAGAGUCGGACAGAUUACCGCAGGCUCAUACUUGCUUCAACCAGAUCGAUCUUCCUCAGUAUUCCUCAUACGAAAUGCUGCGCCAACAGCUCUUGCUUGCUAUCAUAGAAGGAGGCGAGGGAUUUGCUUUUUCGUGAUCACGCACCAACCGAACACUAAUCUUGAACAUAAACUCUCAAUGUACAACCUUCUGCAUACAAUACAUAUUUCUGCUGUCUCCAUCAAUCACUCCUAGAGUGGCAUAGCCACACCGGUCCACAGUUGUAGCCGAUCCCGGAAGCAUUACAACUUCCCCGCCCUUCCCCACCGACUACUUACAUUCUCGUCGACAUGAAAGCUUUCGUGGUCCAUGAGCUCGCCCACCCGUCCAAGAUGACACCCACGGCCAACUGGCCUGCUCCGAAAUUGGGACCGGGCCAGGUCAUGAUUGACGUGUACUCGACCGGGCUCAACUUCUUCGAUAUUCUGCAGGCGCAAGGUCGGUAUCAGAACCAGCCCCCUCUGCCGUUCGUGCUGGGCUCCGAGUUCGCGGGCAAGAUCGCGGAAGGAUAUCCGCUUCCCCCUGGCUGCCCGUUCAAGCCUGGAGACCGUGUCUUUGGCUCCGCCCAGGGUACAUUCGCGGAGCAGGUCGCGGCCAACUUGCACUCUGUGGUGCGGCUGCCGGACAAUCUCACGUUCGAUCAAGGCGCUGGACUCUUUGUCACUUGGCCCACAAGCUACGAGGCUCUCGUCGGCCGUGCUGAGAUCAAACCAGGCGAAUGGCUGUUGGUUACCGCAGCUGCGGGCGGAGUGGGGAUUGCCGCUGUCCAGCUCGCGAAGGCUCUCGGUGCCCGGGUCAUCGCAGCGGCCAGCUCGCAGAGCAAACGGGACGUCGCCACCGAGUACGGGGGAGCCGACUUCACUGUCGACUAUACGAACAAGGGAUGGCAGCAGGACGUGCUCAAGAUUACGGGCGGGAAAGGCGUGGACGUGAUCUACGACCCUGUGAAUAUGUGCAGAUUGCCUGAAAUGCAUCGCAUGGAAAGGUCGGGCUAUCGUCGUUGGAUUUGCCGCCGGGGCCAUCGAGAAAGUUCCCAUGAACCUCGUUUUGCUCAAGAACAUCUCGAUCGUCGGCAUCCACUGGGGCGCGUACCAGCAGAAGGAGGCCAGCCACAUGCCGAAAGUGCAUAAAAUCAUCACCGACUUGUUAAGCUCUAAGCGUGUCAGCCCGCCUGUGAUUUACAAGAAAACAUUCACGCUCGAUACGCUGGUGGACGGACUGCAUGCGCUGGAGACACGGGAAACAUAUGGAAAGGCUAUCGCACAAGUCAGAGAGGAGGCAGCAGCUGAAAGAGCCAAGUUGUAAUCAUGUACAUAGUGAUACCUACCGUCUAUCUCUCGGAGGUCCGCAGAUUCCGUCACGAUUGUCAUC